GUGCGGCUAAAAGCAAGCACUGCAUGAGUGUGUACCUACCCAAGGUUAGUCAUUAACUUUCCCCUUUUCGAGUCACUUCUGUCCGAACCAAGAGCCGACAGUGGCCGUGUCGAGGCAUGCUGCUGCCCGGCCCGCACAUCUCACCAUGGAUGACCGCAACCACUACCCACAGGAGAGCGCUUUAACCGCGGUUGACCAUGUCACCGUGGUGUUCCACAAAGUUGCCAGUCAUGGCGACAGUAGCAGCGCCGGUGAUGGCAGCGGAGACGACCACGAUGGCCGGUGUUGGAACGAGGCUAAGCGGACUGAAGAAAAUGCUAAUUUGCGUGACUACGACUGGGAUGCUGAGAAGGAGACAGGCGGCCCAAAGUUGCCCGAGGAGGGCGAAGAGAGAGGAGCUCUCUGCCCGCCGGCGUUCUGUGUCAACACGAAGGCAGCAGCAUCCGUUGGCGAGAGUGGGAGCCAAGGAAAGCCAAAGAAAUGUCCUGGGAAGGGUUUGUUCUAUGCCUUCUUGUCCACUGUCUUCUUUUCCCUGAUUUCCUUGUUGGUGAAGACAAUCAAGGACGUGCACGCCCUAGAGAUCAGUGGCUUUCGUUGCUUCUUCCAGAUGCUCUUCAUUGUGCCAUUACUCAUCUACCACAAGACGGGCUUCCUGGGUCCACGGGAUAAACGUAUAUAUCUGAUGCUGCGGGGGUUUCUCGGCUCCAACGCGAUGAUGCUGCUCUUCUACGCUGUUCAGCAGAUGCCGUUGGCUGAUGCCACUGUUAUUAUGUUCAGUAAUCCAGUCUUCACCUCACUGUUGGCUUGGAUAUUCCUAAAGGAGAAGUGUACGCUUUGGGAUUGCGUCUUCACCGUUUUUACACUCACGGGCGUCAUACUCAUUGCCAGGCCGCCAUUUCUCUUUGGGGAGCAUAUUCAAGGCAUCGAGGGCAACUACACAAACCACAUCAAGGGGACCAUCGCCGCCUUUGCAGGAGCAAUCGGGGCUGCUUGCACGAUGGUCGUCCUGCGCAAGAUCGGGAAGAGCGUCCACUACUACCUCUCAGUGUGGUAUUACGCCGUCAUCGGCUUCAUCCAGUGCAUCGUCAUGGUCACCGUCCUUGGCGAAUGGAAACUGCCGUACUGCGGCCAAGACCGCUGGAUGCUGAUGCUCAUCGCCGUCCUGGGAAUCGCCGGCCAGUCCUUCCUAACCAAGGCCCUGCAGCUGGAGAAGGCCGGCCCCGUGGCCCUGAUGCGAACCGUGGACGUCGUUCUCGCUUUCUUCUUCCAGUUUAUCUUCCUCGGACGCACACCUACCUGGUUGAGCCUCGGAGGGGCGCUGUGCAUCGUUUUGAGCACCAGCGGUGUAGCGAUGAAGAAGUGGUUCCACAGCUCACGCAAGAGCUGAACACAAGCGCUUAACACAAAUAGUACGGCUAUUUAUUUAUCCCGGUUCACCAUUUCCUGUUGUUCUUUACUUCUUUUGACCUAGAAGACGUUACUUUGGCAAAUAAGAGUAAGACAAGCAUGUUUCGGUGGGGGGGGCUUUCUUCAGUCACUUCAGUAUCAACCACUGCUGCCUAUUUAAGUGCAAUAGAGUUCAAUUUCACCGCAGUGGUGGGAACCCUGUGGCUCAUGAGCCGUACACAGUUACAAUAUUUGACUCCAAAAAAAAACAAUUUUUUUUUGUAAUUUAGAAAUGGACCUUGGAGGAUUUGAAAAAGAACUUCAGGCCCUACCCGUGCUUGAAACCAAAGAUAGCCUUAGCUCAGUAUGCUUUAUGAGCCUGAAUGAAGUAAAAACCAAAACCAGCAGUAGGACCGUUCACUGUGUCAAAAAAAAGGUCUUAAAACUAUUACAAAAAUGUUGAUAUGUAAUGCACCGCACACCAGCAGUAGUAGCACUUAAAUAAAGUAGAAAUGCAAAAUUUGACUAAUCAUGGAAAAACACAAUUGUUAUUUUCCAAUUUUUUUGAUAGAAUAGGAAAAUCUCUAUUUGAAUGUUCUGUGAACAGUGAUGUCCCCAAUGAUUACUUAGUAUAGCAUAACAGCGUCUCCUCUUGUUGUAGAUGGUACUGCACUCUAUUUAGUAUUAUGAUUCACAUACAAAUAUGCCCAUACUUAACAAACAUUAUUUAAGAUAGCGGUGGAACACUUGUUAUAUACGUUGUUUGGAUCAAGUCAAGUAGGAUUCUCUCAGGGAUCGCUACAAGUAAUUACUUGGGGUUUUUUUGUCUUUCUCUCUACAAAAUAUGCCGUAACUUUAAGAGCAAUUUUGCUUUUUUUUAUUGGGGGGGAAAAAAAGCAAAAUUGUUGUCAGUUGAUAAUUAAGUGCCUUGAACUGGACAAAAAAAAAAUCACAUAUAACAUGGCCGAACAUCGAGUGGUUAGCAUGUUGGCCACACAGUCAAGUGACCAAAAAGACAUGGGUUCGAUUCUCCGCUUGUGUGGGUUUUCUCCCACAUUCCAAAAACAUGCUAGGUUAAUUAGCGACUCCAAAUUGUCCAUAGGUAUGAAUGUGAGUGUGAAUGGUUGUUUGUCUAUAUGUGCCCUGUGAUUGGCUGGCCACCAGUCCAGGGUGUACCCCGCCUCUCGCUUGAAGACAGCUGGGAUAGGCUCCAGCAUCCCCCCUAAUGAGGAUAAGCGGCAUAGAAAAUGUAUGGACGGAUUAGAAAUGACCUUUCUCUUUAAUAUUCAAAUUUUUUUCCGUUUUUUUUUGUAUAAAAAACACAACUUUUUUGUUAAUAUUGUAUUUUGCCUUGUAAAAUUAAUACCUUUUAAUUUUUUAAUUUAAUACUUAAAUACCUUUUUCCUGUAAUAUUGAACAUUUAUGUAAAAUCAGACACCACUACAUCCAAAAACAUGCUAGGUUAAUUAGCGACUCCAAAUUGUCCAUAGGUAUGAAUGUGAGUGUGAAUGGUUGUUUGUCUAUAUGUGCCCUGUGAUUGGCUGGCCACCACUCCGAGAUAUACCCCGCAGCUGGGAUAGGCUCCAGCAUACCCACGAACUUAGUGAGGAUAAGCGGCAUAGAAAAUGGAUAGAUAGAGCCAAAGAAGCUAAAAACAGAACGUGGAGACGUCUCCUGGGUCUUAACUCCUGCCUCAUUUUAUGGGGGGCGGUUUCAUACUCUUAUGUCAUUCAAUUGACUUAUCAUGUACUGAAUGUUUAAAGUUGUGCGUUUUCUAUUGUUAUGAGGGUUACUUAAAUUUUUAUCCACAAGUAUAUAUCUGUUACCAUUAUUUUUCGCACAAAACGACGAUGCCGAAAAUAAUAUAUACAUGCAAAAUUAGAUGUAUAUUGUGGCUUGUUUUCGUGCUACCAAAAAUAAACAUUUAGAAAGUAGAAUUUAUUUUUUUUGACUUGCUUGUUUUUUUUUUAAGAAAUUUUUUUCAGCCUUGCAAUGCACUCAAGUAAUGUUUAACAUAUUUACAUUGUAUAGUUAUUCUGUCAUUUAUGACAUGAUAUAUACUGUAUAUGGAUUUAGGAUGGAUUUAGUUCAGUAAUA